CUCUCCCCGUGCGUCCCUUCCCGCUCCCCCGGAAGGAGCCGGGCGGAGGCGGCGGGGCGAUGGCGCAGCUGGCGGAGCGGCUGCGGGCGGACGGCGUGCACAAGGAGGUGCUGCGGGAGGGCACCGGGCCGCUGCCCGACUUCCGCGACGGCACCAAGGCCACCUUCCACUACCGCACCCUGCGGUGCGGGGGGGACGAGGCGCCGCUGGACGACAGCCGCGCCCGCGGGAAGCCGAUGGAGCUGAUCGCCGGCAAGAAGUUCAAGCUGCCCGUCUGGGAGGCGGCGCUGCGCACCAUGCGGCCCGGCGAGCGCGCCCGCUUCCGCUGCGACGCCAAGCACGUGGUGCUGUACCCGCUGGUGGCCAAGAGCCUGCGCAACAUCGCGGCGGGGAAGGACCCGCUGGAGGGGCAGCGGCACUGCUGCAGCGUCGCCCAGCUGCACGACCACUACUCGCUCGGCUACCCCGACCUGGACGAGCUGCAGAAGAACCCCCAGCCCCUCAUCUUCGACAUCGAGGUGCUCAAGGUGGAGGAGCCCGGCUCCUACCAGCAGGACCCGUGGGCCAUGACGGACGAGGAGAAGCUGCAGGCCGUACCCCUGAUCCACAAGGAGGGCAACGAGCUGUACCGGCAGGGCAAGGUGCAGGAGGCAGCGGCCAAAUACUACGAUGCCAUUGCCUGCCUCAAGAACCUGCAGAUGAAGGAACAGCCUGGCUCUCCGGACUGGAUCGAGCUCGACCAGAAGAUCACACCACUACUGUUAAACUACUGCCAGUGCAAGCUGCAGUGUGAGGAGUACUACGAGGUGCUGGAUCACUGCUCCUCCAUCCUCAACAAGUACGAGGACAACGUCAAGGCCUACUUCAAGCGGGGCAAGGCCCACGCGGCAGUGUGGAACGUGGCAGAGGCACGGGCUGACUUCGCCAAGGUGCUGGCACUCGACCCGUCGCUGCGCCCUGUCGUCUCUAGGGAGCUGCGGAGCCUGGAAGCACGCCUGCGCGAGAAGGACGCGGAGGACAAGAUCCGCUUCAAGGACAUCUUCUCGCAGUAGAGCCCAUGGCCGCAUGUGAGAGCGCGACGCUCUCGGACCAGGUUUUUAGAUAUUCCCCAUGUGGAAUGUUUUAUCGAUGUUUAUUAAUGUUUAAUACAAAGUUUACUUAUUUGAAGUCAUGGGAAGCUGCACGGGAUUUCGACACAGCACGGUGAUACAGCAGCACGCUUAAGUCGCAGUAUUACUCAAGAGUAUAGCAAUCGCCACAUACAGUUGAAUCGCAAUAUAAGCGUGCAUCUCCCAACCGGUCACUAGACUGUGCUCGUCGUCACGGUGCCGGGCAGCCCCAAGUGCUGCGAAGGACUACACGGGGUGAAACAAGCUCAAGCCCGCUGCUUUCUUCCACGUUUCUUUUAUUCGUUCAUUGAUUUUUAUCUUUUACGUUGGGCUACGCCGUUCUGCAUGGGUCUGGCUGAGCUGUUCAGGGCCGUGGGGUCACCAGUGCCAAGCCUGGGCCCCCUCUCUUUCCCCUUCGUGCCUGUACUGCACACCACAUCCUGCAUCGUCACUGCUCAAGGCUGCUGCUAUCGUCCCGAGUCUGCAUUUCCUGUGCUACGUCACCACGUCAGUCAUAAAUAUUUUAUCUAAACUGA